GAUAACAGGAUUUCACUGCAGGAAGUACCGCUUGUUCAGAACAGGUGGACUUUCCCCCUUCUGCACUUGACUCCUGCUUCCUGGAAUACGAACUGUCCUUUCUUUAGUGGACUGACACAGAAGACAGAUUCCCAGGAGCUGCUCCGCCUCACACGGCUCGGUCCUCCUCGCCAGAACGACCUCUUGUUUGGAUCAGGUUGGGUUUUUCAAGAGGAAGUAAGCAGUUCUUUAAAAGAAAUACUAUUUCAUACUUGGAGAGAAAAGAUCAAACUCUGAUGACGAGCUACAGCAGCAGAGGGUUCUUCAAUGCCGCCUAUCAUGACAGCGAGACGCUGGAAAUGGACAGAAGGUCUGGAACCAAACCUCCCCACACAAACCCAUACGCCAGAGAGGAGCCUGUCCGGUGGGGAGGGCGGCUUGGGGGGAGAGAUGAGGCUGCCUGGGGGGCAACCGAUGGGGGCUUGCAGGAUGAGAGCCGGAGGGGGAGGGACCACAUCACCACAGGAGCAGGGGCCCCUCCGUUCCCACAUCAGCCCUAUCACAACAGAUUUCAAGCAGAUAAUCGGUAUAACCAGCGUCCUCAAGCUCGCCUUCCUUCUUUGGUGUCAGACAACAUGACUAUGCGACUGAGAGGAAUAGCAAUGAGAAGAAUGAGCAUGUUUCCUCAUGCCAGUCCUGCUGAUGUGGAUUUGACUGAGAACGCCAUCAGGGAGGAAAUGGAAAAUGAUGAGCAAAACCUGAUGAAGGAACUUGUUAGCAUGUCCACUCUAGAACAAACUCGGGCCAUCCGGGAACUCACAAUGAGCUUUGAAGCGAAGAAGAGAAUAAGGAAUAAAGUACUGGCAUUCAGAUCGGUCAAGAAAUCCCACGAAUUCACAUGGUUUGCAGAAUUAUCAGAAAAUACAUCCCUGUUUUUCCGAAGGUGCGGUUACACCAUGAGAUCGGCCAGGCAGGCACUGGAACUGUGGCACGGCAUCAUGAAGGAGAUUGGAGGAAAGUUUGGCUCCAGCGUUCUCACCUACUUCAUGUUUCUCAAGUGGCUCCUCCUGUUCAACAUUUUCUCCUUCGUGGUCAACUUCAGCUUCAUCACCGUCCCUCUGCUCGUCUAUGACCCCAACAUCACUUCCAGCGUGAGCUUCAGAGGACUGGAGUUACUGACUGGAGCUGGUUACUUCACCCACACUGUCAUGUACUAUGGUGCCUACAGCAACGAAACCCUUAAGCAUGGAGUGGAGUACAACCUACAGUUGGCGUAUUUCUUCACCAUUGCUGUCUAUAUGGUGCUGUGUGGCAUUGCGCUGAUUUUCAGCAUGGCCAGUUCAUUCAAGAAGAACUUUGUUCUGGUGGACCCAGCUUCCACCAGUGCAUGGCAGCUCCUGUGCAGCUGGGAUUUUAGUGUAACCAGUGAGAAAACGGUGACUCAGCGGAAGAACAACCUCCGAGUCCAACUCAAGGAGUCUCUGUCAGAGAAAGCCCAGCAGGAGCUGCUGACAGUUCCUGAAAAGCUGAAGCACUUCGGGAUUCAUUUUUGUUCCUGGCUUGUCUCCACCGCCUUGGUUGUUGGUUGUGCCGCCAGCAUUUUCUUUCUCUGCCAGUACGAAGGAAAGUUGUUUUCUCAGUGGGGUCCUGGCGCUGCCAGCCUGCAGCAGGAGGCGGAGACUCUGCUCGUCCCCUUCAUGGUGUCUCUGAUGAACCUGGUGAUCCCACUCUUUUUCUCCCUCUUCAAUAAGCUGGAACACUACUCUAACAACCGCAGUCAGAUUUACACCCUAGUAGUCAGGAACGUCUUCCUCCGGAUGUCCAUUCUGGGGGUUUUGUGUUACUACUGGAUGAAUGAAGUGUCUCUGCGAUCCCCCUCUCAGUGCUGGGAGUCCAUGGUGGGCCAGGCCCUCUACCGUCUGGUUAUUGUUGAUUUCUUUUUCCAGAUGCUGGGAUCCUUCUUCGGGGAGUUUCUCAGAAAUGUGAUUGGAACCAAACUGCAUCGACGUCUUGGACCGCCAGAGUUUGACGUUGCCAGAAAUGUCCUGGAUCUCAUCUAUGCACAGACACUGGCCUGGAUUGGAAUCUACUUCUCUCCUCUUCUACCGAGCAUUCAGAUUCUCAAGUUCUUCAUCCUGUUUUAUCUGAAGAAGGUCAGCCUGACCCAAAACUGCCAGCCUCCACGCCGAACCGGCAGGGCAGCGCAGAUGCAAACCAUCUUCAUCUUCCUCCUCUUCUUCCCAUUUUUCGUGGGAGCCAUAUCCAUAGUUGGAUACACCUCCUGGAGCCUGAACCCCUCCCAGAACUGCGGCCCUUUCCGGGGCCUAAAUCAAGCCUUCAGCGUGGUUGAGAUCUGGAUAGAGGGUCUGCAUAUCCUUCCAGGUUCUGGCUGGGCCGUGUGGAUCUACAAAAACAUCAUUAGAAGUGAAAUCUUCUACUUUCUCAUCACUCUUAUCAUCCUUGGCGUCACAUACGUCUUUUACCAACUCAUUCAAGGCCGCAAGGAGCUGAUUGGUCUCCUAAAGCAGAGGAUUAUUAAUGAAGGAAAAGAUAAGUCCUUCUUGUUAGACAAGAUCCAGAACCUGCAGAGCUCUCGACCAAAGAAAGACACAAGGCAGAGCAAAGAUGGAAGGAGCUCGCAUCAACCUUCUUUGGGCGGUCAUUCCGACGCCGUGCGUCAGGCUCUGCUCGCUCGUCAGCAGGCUGAGCAGGAGGAGGCCACAUACAGCGACGGAGUGUCUGUUCCUGCUGACAUUUCCACCUCCAGUGCGCUGAUGCAGGCCAUGCUGGCUCGUCAGAGGGCCGAAAGAGAAACUGAGGACCUCUAUCAAAGAGUGGAGGACCCCCCUUCAUCCUUCACCGCGCUCUCACUGGCUAUGGAAGCCCGGCAGAGAGCAGAAGGGGAAAUGCUGCAAGACAACUCCAGGGAGGGAGAUUUUUAUGAAAAUCCCACAACUGCAUCCAGCGCCGUCUCACAGGCCAUCCAGGCCAGACUGAGAGCAGAGGAGGAGGCGUCGGCGUCAAGCGCCAUGAUGCAGGUCAUGAAGGCCAGGCAGCAGGCAGAGCAAGAGGCCGGGAUGCAGUGGACUGAUGUUCAACUUCAGAACCCAGCUGUGUCCAGCUCAAGCGCUGUCGCUCAGGCCAUGCAGGCAAGACUGAGAGCAGAGGAGGAGUUGCCGGCAUCCAGCGUCAUGAUGCAGGUCAUGCAGGCCAGGCAGCAGGCAGAGCAGGAGGCCGGGAUGGAGUGGGCCCAUGUUCAACCACAGAACCCAGCUGCGGCUGGCUCCAGUGCUCUUAUUCAGGCCAUGCUGGCCCGACAACAAGCCCAGAACGAGUAUGACGAUGGUUAUUGAAGGGAUUUCCGGUCUUCCACUCUUCACCUGCUGAGGGUCUACCACAACCGAAGAUACUGAAAAAAUAUGACAGCAGCACAGGCUGAGAGGGCAGGUCCACCUCACUGUAUUUUUUUAUAUAACUAUACUUUAGGAAGUGUGUUCUUUUAUUUUUUUAACCUCUAAAAAAGGAACAUUAAAUGUGCCAUUUUUGAAAAUGUGUCUAAAAUUAUUGUAACCAUUAUACUAGUUAAAAAUGUUAAUAUCUACAGUACUGUAUAUUUUUAGACGUCAAUAAAAUUCUUAAAAACUGUA